AUGUCGGUGGACACGUCGCGUAUCAGCGAGCGCGGUUCGGCCACCAAAGUUGUUUCAAAAUUCGGCCAUCCAUCGCUGAUUAGCCCAACUAGCGAGAAAACGCCCGGAUUGAAGCGAAAAAGGUCGUCAAUCUCCGGAAGAUUGUUUAAAAAGCAUGAAGCUGAUGAAAAUCUUGAUGAAUCCGGAGGCGAAGAAGAAGCCGAAGAGCGAGGAUUCGCUAUUUCCAAGCCAUCGACAAGUCACGGAGAAGCUGGCAACGAUGCUGGAAAACAGCUGAAAAUUAAUAGCAUUUCAUCGCGAAAGGGAGAAUAUUUUGUUAAGAACGCCGAUGGCAUUCCCACCGAGAAGUUCAGCAUGAGAUAUCGAAAUUUGCUGCACAGCGGUGAAGAUCCCGACGACGACAGCGGCGAUGAGAUGCCGCCCGGGGUUCACGCUCAAAUUGCGCUUAACGACAGAUGGAAGCCCGAGUACAACGACGGUGUGCAGAUGCUCGUGAAUCCCGACGGAUUGCCGAAAUUCGAAAUCAUCGACAUGCACAUCGAAUUGAAGCGAAAAUCGCCAUUUUCUGUGCCGAACAAGCUCAUCACCGUCGAGCCGUGCAGCAGCUCCGAGACACAUGAGCAAUUUUGCAUUUCCGCGCAACGAUUGUAUCAAGGUGACGCGUUGGAUGAAGCUUUUCUCAAGCUAUUGAACGCGAAACGCGCGAGAAAUGGCGUCGAUCAGCCGUAUCUCAAAAGCAGCACGUUUCUCGACAUCAUGAAUCAUUUGGAAAUCUCGAGCUUCCGCCAUAUUCACGAGACGCUCCUCAAACCGCUUCAUUCGCCGAGCACACGUCUCAUCAAUGACGACGAAGAUUGCGAUAUUUGUCGAAUAGCCGAAUGCGAUGUCGACGAUGAGAUGGUGUUUUGCGAUGGGUGCAACGUGUGCGUCCACAUGUCGUGCUACGGUCUCACAACGCUGCCGGAGGGCGAAUGGUUGUGUCUGAAAUGCACCCUGUGCAAUGGUGUCAAUCCGCCAUGCGUUCUCUGCCCGACGAUUGGCGGCGCAAUGAAAUGCACAAAGCACAAAGAGCGUUGGGCGCAUAUUGUGUGCGCGUUGUGGCUGCCGGAAUGCCGAUUCGGCGACAUUGAGAAGAGGGAGCCGAUAAUGGAGAUCGAGGAGAUACCCGAAGAGCGUUGGCACCUCAAGUGCUCGGUGUGCGACACGCGUCAAGGCGCCUGCAUACAGUGCACCCAUCCGGGAUGCAAGACCGCCUUCCAUGUGACGUGCGCGCUUCGCUCGGGAUUCACAAUGAAAAUCGAGCAGGACACGACGGAUCCGAAUCAGGAUCGCGUCGCGAUGAUAUCGCUUUGCAAGAAGCACACGUCGGCGUCGAUGAGCUCGUCGAAAUCGGACGAGAGCUCGCCGACGGAAUCGAACGAGCAACUUCGACGAUUGGAGAAGUUCUUCUACGUCUACGCGGAUUUUGAGGAGAUCGCGAAAACAAUGUGCCUGCCGUCGAUUGUCGUCUCCGAUGUCUAUGAGUAUUGGAAGCAGAAGAGAGGCUCGCUCGAUGGGAAGCCGCUGAUUGUUGAUCCGCAAGAUAAUAUUUUGAUCAGCCCGGAAACGGUGAACCUGUGCCUUCCCAGUGUGCCGGGUGUCACAAUCAACAAGAGCCAACUUCAAGUGGGAUUCAUUGAUCCGCGUCGAAAAUGGGAGAAGAAGAUUCGCGAAGGUUUCGACAAGGAUUCGAAUUUGUGCUCGAUGCUCAUCAAUCGCGAGAAGCAAAAGAAGAAGAUCGUCCUCGGCGAGCAUGCGAUUCUCAACGAGUUUUGGGAUUUCACGACGAAAAAUGUGGUGUCGGCUCGCGCCGCCGAUGGUUUGCUCGAGCUCCUUGAGAAUCUCAUGCACGCUGAAGACGUCAGAGAAGCGAAACGCAUUGGCAGUCGACCUGAUUAUGUGUCAUCGACGAAGAAACGCUUGGAGCUGAUUCGCGAAGCGACACUCGAAAGGGACUAUGAGCCGCCGAUUCUUGAUCUCAAGCCGGCGGUGAAGCCGGGAAGAGGAAGGAAGAAGAGAAUGCCAACGACAGUAACACCUACGCAAAAUGUGAUCUACAAACCGUUGAAGAAGCGCAUUUCGGCUGAAAACGCGGACGUUGUGCUGAAAACGCCGCCGAAGAAGCGCGGAAGGCCGUUCGGGUGGCGAAAAGUGAAAACCGGCGCGAAAUGUCCGAGAGUUCACAUUGUCACCGAGAAUUGA